AUGCCGCCUUGGAAGGUUCGUAAUAUCGAAGUCAUCCCAAGUGACUUAGACUGCCUGCAGCCCGGUCAUCACAAGCGCAAAGUACCUGGAGUCGUCAUUAAUGCAUAUGGUGCUAUACUGCAACAAAAUGAGGGAGGCGCUGGUGACUACGCCUUCCUGUCCUCCUACCUUGGAGCCGUGGUGGGCAACAAUGAUCCUCCGAAGGGGUUCGGCACCAUGGAAGAACAUAUCAUUGCAGCGUGUCCAUCAAAGGUCCCACAGGAGCUUGCAUCCCGCCCGCGAUGGUUCAUUCCAAUGUGCGGCGGUAAUCCAGCACAUUGGGUGCUUACUUGGGUCGACUUCAGUCAGCGAGAAUACGGAGUGUUCGACAGCUUACCCCAGUUCCACUCCGAAUAUUGGGCAGUCCCGGGGCUCAAGUCAGUGGUGGACACAGUGUGCGAAUUCAUCAAUGGCGAGAGCAUACCUUGGGUAAAGUGGACACGGCGCAUGCAGGUACCACCAACGAGUGAGCAGCAGGUUGAUGGGUGGUCAUGCGGCCUAUUUGUCCUCCUGGCCAUGGCUACGUUGUGCCGAAAGCAGGACCCCAACCUGAUUGGUCACAGUCAGCUGGAGGCGGCGAAGCAGAUGGUGCUAAGAGAGAUCCAAACCGAAAUGGUCCCGACUGAACCAUUGGCAGUGGUUAUUCACUUGCCUAUGGUUAACGCGUGCAAUUCUUCGGUGGUUCUUGGCAAGCGAAAAGAACCACCUCUUGAUGAUGGCCCAGACGUCAAUGAAGGAGAGGGUAAUGGUGGCCCGGGCAUAGGUGACUCGGGAGGAGGUGGAGAUAGAGGUGGGAACAGCGGUGGGAACAGCGGUGGGGACGGUGGUGGGGACGGUGGUGGUGAUGGUGACGAUGAUGAGGGUGACGAUGAUGAGGGUGACGGUGAUGAGGGUGACGGAGAGGAUGAAGACGAGGAAAGCGGGACGCACCGACGCUCCGAGGCCCAGCGUAGAAAAGACCUCAAAGACGAUCCAUAUACGGAUAAGGUCGAACCGCACUCCGUUUUUUGUAUUGCAUGCCAAUCGACGAAACAGCUCCACAAUGAAAAACGAUACCACGACGCGAACUGGCUUGCCCAUAAGAAGAUUUGCUGGGCCAUUACUGGGAGGAAAACUGUCCGGGUUAGAAGGAAAGUUGCAAAAACCGCUAUACCUCCCUCCGGCAACACAUCGCUUCUGAGCUUCUUCCAGCCGAAGCAAGGAUCGAAGGCGCGUGUGUCUGCCGCAUCAGUCCAGCCUCCGGCGAGCAGCACGGAGAAAGUGUCCUACACAUCUAAAACGGUCGCGGCUACUCCCUCAGUGGCGGCCAUAUUUCCUGCCCCCGAUCAGCGUCGCGACAUUUCUGAGUUCACUCCAUAUAUGUCUACGCCAACGACCCAUAUCUGUCAGCAAAUACGAGGCGAGAAAUACCAGGAGUACAUACUUCGGACACGCACUCGCCGUCUGGGUGGGAUCUCGCCAGAGUUCCGCGCCCACUGUGAACGAUCCCUGUUCCCUCAUAAACCAUUCCGACCAAUGAAGUCAACUCGAGUGUUCCCAAGGAUCGAGGCGGUAGUGAACAUAGCGCACAAGAAUGACUGCUUGAAGGAGAAGGAUUGGACGGAAGACGAGUUGCGUACAUUUGACGAGGGCUUGAGAGCGCACGCUCGAUGGGAGGUUGACUAUGCAAACCGGGUGGUUCGGGCAGUACGAUGCGAAGGAAGGACGGAGAAGAUCAGCAGGAUAUGUGACGCCUGUGAAAAUGUCAUGGCUGACGAUUCAUUCAAGCACGCUGUACGAGACAAGACGGCGGAAGCAAAAUUAAGCGCUGAGGAGCAGCACGCGAUCGCACAGGCUCGCGAGAAGUUCACACCCCUAAACCAGUCUUCGUCGGACUCACGCGAACUCAAGGGCAAGCUUUCCGAUCCCGCCAUAUUCAAGGUCCUGCAGCGGUUGGAACGCAGCAAGAAUGGGUUCUUUUGUUUCCUGUCGCUGUGGCAUGCGUCUCUUGAGCAUAAACUUGACAACUACGAGACCUUUGUUGAUGUCUGCCAGGUCUUUGAAGAGCACUUGGAACGUGAACUCUCGGACAACCCACACCUUCUGAAGGGGAUACGUUACAGCGAGAACUACAAUAACUUUACGAUUCUUGUCCGUGGUGGCGGCACUAACUCUGCACGUCAGUACAGCAUUAUUCGAAAGGAGUUGAAGCUCCCGAGUGCACGCUCGCGCAGAGCAUUAGUGGCCAAGUCGGCUGACGCGCUCCAGAAUCCUGAACUCCAUUAUGAGAACCUCGCUCGUGUAAGGCGUCUUGUUGAUGCUGUGGGGUACACCGGACCUAUUGGGGCUGGUGCAGACAACACGGUAGCCAAGAAGCGACUGACAUACUCAAACGACUACGGUAGUCAUGUCCUUGGAUCCAUCUUGCCUUUGAGUGAUUGCGAGGUAGAUGAUGGUGAGGAUAUUGACAAUGUUGUAAAGAGGAUACUCCGCAUGAAUGCGGUGGCGACACAGACUAGGGCCAUCCUUGUCAAGCCUUUAAUACCCGAAAUCCCACCUAUGGUCGUUGCAUUGAUACCAAGCAACGGCAAGGACACCGCUGCCGAGGCACAUCAGCAAAAGCUCAGCUUCCUCCGCAUGGCUGGCGCUCUCAAGCUGCCAAUCAUCUCAUGGGCAUCCGAUGGUGCAGCAUAUGAGCUAAAGGCACAGGUGAUGAUGGACAACGAGGUGACCACCCAACCGCCACUGGUCUACAAUAACCCACUGUAUGGUGUCCACUUGCAGACACCUGUCUUUCCAGACACUGGUCCCCUCAUCUCAAUAUCCGACCCAAAUCACGGAGCCGGUAAGACUUCUCGGAACCAGCCUCAGCAUGGUACACAUGCGACGAGCCUUGGGAAGGGUUGCCUUGUCAACAGGACUCUGGUUGAUCUCCAGAAACGUCCAAACUCGGGGCUUCGAGUGCGAGACGUGAAGAACGUAGAUAAACAAGAUGACGGCGCUGCUCGGCGGCUAUACACCCACAAAGCCCUUGUAGCAACCACUGACAUGGAUAAGGAUGGUGUACGUACAAUCCACAGAGGUUUUGAGGGCCUCUUUGUCUGGCUUUUCAUGUUUGAACUCCUCAAAAUGACGCAGAAUAUCAUGGUCCGGCAACGCAUACUUCUCACCACAAAUUUUGACGAUCGUCGCGAACGGCGUGACUCGGCAGCAGGGUAUAUCCUUGACCAUGAUCCCACCCCACUCUCCCCGGCUGAACGUAUCAACGCGAUGGUCAAUCUCACAACACAUGAUAUUCACGGCAUCGUUGCUACAGCGUAUCUUGAGGCGUCACAGUUCUGCAUCGACAUUCUGGGAAUACGGGCUCCCGCGCUUACAAAGCCUCUCGCGCUUGUAGCUCUUGGUUCCCCCCCAUCUAGUGCACUUCCCAGCUCUCGCAUUCUCGUCAAUGGCCCGGAUGAUGAGGAUGAGGACACCCACCCCGAACAUCCAUCUCUGUGUGAGAACACUGACCUGCCGCCAUCAAUUGCUGAAGCGGCCGAGGAAGUCGCACGGAUGUAUGCCCUUAGUGAGGACUUGGACAAGGCCAUGGACGAAGACAUAACACUUUCGGAGCAGGCUCGCUGGAUUACGGUAGCAUGUCCGUCACCACUAGCUGCUAAUGUCGUAUUCAAAGACCCGAUUCUCUCGUCCGUGGGUCAAAGCCCCGCCUCCCGUAGCGAAAUUCUCGAUGAAAACGGCAAGAUAUCUGUGCCUAAAGUCCUCGGUGCUCGCUUGCGCUAUCAGUCACAUGCGACGGUGCAUUCUGAGAAGGAGGCUGGACUCAACCCAAAAUUUGCGACUGACACAUCGCUGCAAAAAGUCAUUCAGACGCGCGAGGAGACCAAAAAGAUGUCUAUGCAAGAGGCGUCUCACCGUACCCGUGUAGCCCAUUUUGAGCAUGAGGAUGCGUCGCAGGUGGGCCCGAGUGCUCGGCUCAUGCGUUGGAUUGGGACCGCGCACAGAAUUCGCGAAGCCAUUGGCUCAGACGGUGGCUUACCGCAGCUUCAGUCACGAAACGUCUCUGCUAUGUAUCCCGUUGUCGUUGGCUCACACCUUAUCCUUCGGAAUUAUGAACGUAUCUACAUUGGCGAGGUGCUCGACUUCUACCGAAAACCCGACUCGAAAGGCAGCCGACACAACUCACUUGAAUCAGUGGAUAGCAUAGAUGAAAUCACGUCUCUGGCGGUUCGUGUUUUUCUGCCUUUCGACCCAGUUUCUACAGAGUAUUCGGAGGAGUUCAUGUACGACGACUCAGGUGACGACAUCCCCGGCCCCGUCCUUUUCCGCCCGUACCAUCACAACCAUGAACUACACACGUAUGUUGUGUCUUCUGAUGAGAUCUUAUAUCACCUGGGUCUCCUCGCGUUCUCCAAGCGAUCUGCUGGCGAGCCCUCUUCCUAUCCGCUGAGGCUCACCCCCGACGCGGCUUCACACUGGAAGGUUCUCACAAAGCCAGCGAUUCGACAGGUUUUGCCCAAGAUCAAGAUCCCGGGCGGGAAAAUGCGCUCUUUCUCUUCUGUGGUAAACGCGGAUGACACUGUAGCAGUGCCAUCUUCGUGA